AUGCCAGGUAUUAUAUUGGCAACAGCAUCUUAUGAUCACACAAUUAAAUUUUGGGACCCACCCAGUGGUGGAUGUUAUAGAUCAAUUGAUUGUGGUGAAUUUCAUAUAAAUAGAUUAGAGAUUACACAUGAUAAACUUUAUAUAGCAGCAGCAGGUAACCCACAAACAAGAUUGUUUGAAGUCAAUACAAAUAAUAAUUCACCAGCAAUGAGUUUUGAUGGUCAUAAAGGUAAUGUAACUGGUGUUGGUUUCCAAAAAGAAGGUAAAUGGAUGUAUACUGGUUCAGAAGAUGGAACUGUUAAAAUUUGGGAUUUAAAAGCACCAGGAUGUCAAAGAGAUUAUGAAUGUAGUGCACCAGUUAAUACAGUAGUUUUACAUCCAAAUCAAGCAGAAUUAAUAUCAGGUGAUCAAAAUGGGUCAAUUAGAGUUUGGGAUUUAAUAUCAAAUACAUGUAGUAGAGAAUUAGUACCAGAUGGUGAAGUUGGUAUAACAUCAUUGACCAUAUCAAGUGAUGGUGGUUUAGUGGUUGCAUCAAAUACUAAAGGAAAAUGUUUUGUUUGGAGAUUGGGUGAAGAUGAUACAUCAAGAUUUGAACCAUUACAAAAGAUUGAAGCACACAAUGCACCAAUCCUAAAGACAUUGUUUAGUCCAGACACAAAGUUAUUGGCAACUUGUUCAGCUGAUCAUACCGUUAAAAUUUGGAAUACAAAGAAAUUCAAUGUAGUUCAAACCUUGAAUGGUCAUCAAAGAUGGGUUUGGGAUUGUGCUUUCUCAAAUGAUUCAGCUUAUUUAGUAACUGGAUCAAGUGAUCAUUUAUCAAGACUCUGGGAUCUUCAUCAAGGUGAUGCUGUUAAAACUUAUUCUGGUCAUAUUAAAGCUGUAAAUGCUGUUGCUUUAAAUGAUUUACCAAGAUAA